AUGGCAGAUCAGUCCAUCCCACCUGACCCCUCCAACGCCUCCCACCACUCGCAAUACCGCCUGCGCGUAACGGCUGGUCCGUCAUAUAAUCCAUCAACACACAAAACCGUCCCCGUAAACGCCUCGAAGACUCUCACGUUCGAAACUCCCUCCAUCAUCCUCUCGCUGUGCGUGCGCAUACGCCAUUUCACAGGCUACCCAUCCGACUCCCCAGUCACUGCGGAGAAGUACUUCACCUCUGACCCGCAUAAGUACGACCAGUACAGUAUAUCCUUCAGCUUCAUCCCGAAGACAGAUAUUCCGGGCGAAGAUCUGGUGUUUGGGAACGACUUUGACCGACCUCUGCGAGACAGACUGCCGCCAGGGGCGAACCACGCGCUGAGGAUUGUGAAAUGGUGGAUUGACCCUGGGCUUGAUGGCGACAUGUACGCCGACAAACCGUACCUGUAUGGCCCGGCGCUGAGCAGCUGGAAUAUCCUACGGAUAGGCGAUCAGGUUAUACCCAAAGACCAAUUACAGUCAUCAAGUGGGGAGGAGCAUAGCCACGACGACAAACACGAAUGGAAGGCGCCUCAUGCCUCGGCCGAGGAGUUUCACGACGCCAUUGUCGAGGAAGGAUGUGAAGGGUCGGGCUGCGAGUUGCGGUCCUCGUUAUCCAUCCCUGCCGAUAGCGCUGCGCGGAAAAAGCACUUCCUUACGGCCUCGAACCUCAGCACCUUCACCUUCGAAGCCGGUCGCCUGUAUCAGGCUGACUUUGGCAAUGGGUACCUCGACUUCAAUGAUUUCUCCCUCAAGUUACCUGGCUUUAGUCUGAAUGUGGUUGGGUACAUCGACUCGAAGACACAUGAACUGCGUUAUACAUUGAAGAAUAGACGGACCGGGGAAGUCUACGCCGUCGUGGUCUUCACGUUGUUGUUUGGAGAAGAGCUGGCACAAGCGGAACGAGAGCAUGGUGGAGCCAACGUCGAGGACAAGGCCGAGGAGCACGGUGCAGCGAAUACAGAGCAUGCCGCAGCCAAGGAUGGUCCAGGGACCAUAGAUCCGGCCAAAGACAAGAAAGAUGCCGAUGAAGCCGUGCCAGAGGAUGAAGAUGACAUAGACUGA